AUGGUGAGACCCGUCUCUGACCUCUGGAAGCAUGUGAACAAGGUGACAUCCGACGCCAACGUAGUUAGUGCAACAUGCAAGCACUGCGGAGAGGCCAUUACCGCUAAUGCGACACGAAUCAAGGAGCACAUUUACGGGACUCCUUUGAACAAGUUGAUGAACGUGACGAUGUGCGAGUCAGAUCCCGCUAAGCUGCUGCGAGCGGAAGCCGAGCGUGAGCGUUCCUCCACAGCGGGCUGCUCUAACCGUGCCCCUUCGUCUUCGAAUGAGCUUCAGCCCGUCCGUCGUGCUAGGCAGCGCGAGAUCCGCAACAUGGCGGAUGACCUUGCUCGCGGUCGCCUAGACUAUCUUUGGGCCGCGGUUGUGGCUGAGAACGACUUGGCGUUCAACGUAUCCAAGUCGAAGGCUCUUCAGGCGUUUGUGGACGCCGCCGUCAUCUACGCCAAACCGUACACGCUCCCCACGCCGUACAAGGUUUCGGGCCCGCUGCUUGAGAAGCUCAAGGCGGAUACCGAAGACCUUGUUCGCCCAAUCAAAGACAGCUGGAACAUUAGCGGGUGCUCCCUCUCGGUGGAUGGCUGGACAUGCCUGAAAUCCCGCGGCAUGGUAUGCGUCAUUGCUCAGAACGACACCGCUCCCGUCAUUGUUGAUAUCGUAGACUCUAAGACGGCCAAGAAGACCGGAGAGUACCUGGCGGCCCUCAUUCGCAAGGCGAUCUGCACGGUGGGGAACAGGAAAGUCAUCCAGGUUGUGAUGGACAAUGCGUCCAACAACAAACGCGAAGCCGACAUGCUUCGUGAUGGGUUUCCAUGUGUUCUUCAUGAACUGCGCCGCGCACGUGCUGGAUCUCAUGCUGCACGACAUGGGAAACAUUCGGGUGGUGAAACCAAGUUGUCCUUGGUCCGCCCUGGUGCAACGCGGUUCGGCACCCAAGUGAUUAUGAUCGGCCGUUUUUUGGAGGUGAAGCGUGCGCUGCGGGCGAUGGUGAUUAGUGAAGAGUGGGAGGAGGUGGCGGUGGCACGGACGGAGGAGGGGCGUGCGGUCCGCACGCUCCUACUGGACGACUUUUUCUGGGACUUAGUAACGGCUGUCCAUCGCCUCAUGACUCCGGUGUAUGGGGUGCUUCGGGUGGUUGACAAGAGGUCGCUCAUCAUGGGGGAGAUAUACGGCCGCAUGAUAGACGCCACAGUCCAAACGAACGAGGCGGCUGAGGCGGCUGGUAAGCACUAUAAUGCUGUUGCUGAAAUCUUCGUCAAGCGUCCCACCCUACUGGCGGCCAAAGACAAGGCCACGUUUUUUACCUCCAUCAAGGCAAUUGUCGCCAAACGAUGGGACGGCCAGCUUCACAACGCCUUGCAGGCGUUGGGCUGGCUCCUGAACCCCCGCAACCAGUACGUGGGGGCGGUGAGGAACGACCGUGAGAUCAGGAAAGGGGCAGAUGAGGUGAUCAAGGCCCGGGGUGUGAGCGUCGCGCAAUGCACAUUGCUCCACGCUCAGCUGGCCCAGUUCCACAAAGGAGAGGGCCGGCUUGGCUCCGAUGACGCUCGUUGGGCUGCCACGACUUUGGUGGAGGGCGGGCGCCUGACUGACGCGGAAUGGUGGUGGAUGUACGGUGGGGAGGUCGCGGCGCUUCAGGAGCUGGCUGUGAUGACUCUAUCACAGCCAGUGACCUCAUCCGAGGUGGAGAGGUACUUUUCCGCGCUUGCUCGUGUGCAGAGGCGGGACCGGAACCGCCUUGCCGCCACCAAGAUGACCGACGUCACCUAUGUCGCCUUCACGAGGAGGGCUCGUGACGCCUUUGAUCGGAGGCAGGGUGUGCGUGAGAAGCGGUAUCGUGACCUGAGCGACGGCACCCUCAAGGAGGGCUGCACCAUCGCCCCGGUCUCUGCUGGAGAGGAAGAAGAGGGGGCUGGAGUAGCGGAGGAGGAGGGGGAGGAGUCUGUCACUACCAUCAACUGGGAUGAGUUCGGUAGCAUUGGCAAGAAGAAGAGGAAGACGAAGGUGGGAGAGUCCUUCAAGAGGAAGAGGAAAGGGAAGGGGACGGGUAACCUUCCAUGCAAGCGAAAGGGGAAGGGAGCAGUGGUGGAGGAGGAGGAGGAGGAGGAGGAGGAGGCGGCAGACAGCAGUGGGGGGGAGGAAGGUGAGACGUGCAAGAAGACCCGUGAUGGAAGCGAUCCUUGGGACCUCAGUGAUGGUUCUAGUGGGGAGGAGGAGGAGGAGGAGGAGGAGGAGGAGGACGAGGAGGAGGAGGACGAUGAAUAG